UUCCAACUAUCAAUGGUUAUGCAUCUCAUAUUAGUAGUUACUAUAUCCCCACUACCUAAUUUUAGUUUAAUACAAAUAAUACACGUGCAUUUAUAUGCCAUAGUUUUUUUUUUAUUCUGGUGAAAGGUUAAUCAUAGUUUUGAUUCUUUUUUUCAAUUGUUUUUUGUAUGUAGUUUAUUGGCUGUAUACAAUAAUGCAUAGAAGUAGGAUAAAUAUGUAGAAGGUAUCGUCUGGUGCAGGAAGUUUACAAUUAGAUUGUUUCUUCGGAUUUCGAUGAGGUAUAAUUAGUUAACUCAUUAUCAAUCAUCCAUACUUGUCUGCAUUACAAGGUCAACAGAACUCAAAACAUGUGGUGUUCACUUUGUCUCCAAACCUAAACUUGUACCAAAAGGUUUUUUUAUUUUAUUUUUAAGAAUUAAAAAAAUCAGUGAGACGAAUAUGAGAAAACUUAAGUUGAUAUCUAAAAAUUACUUUGGAAAAUUUUGGUUGAAAAACGAUAGCGGCUAUGUUGUUGAAAUUAAUCCAGCCACCGUUCAUCAACUUGCACAAAUUAAAGCUUUUGUCAGGAAACUGAGUGAUUUUAAUGCAUUAUAUUAACUAACCUAUACAUAUGCACCAAUUUAAAUAACAUCUAUACAUACUUUGAGAACCAAUCAGAAUCACCAAUAUAGUACAUAUAUAUGAAUUAGGUCCCAUAUGUAGUUUCUUUAGGUCUUUUUCCUAAAUUUCUGUUCAGUAUAGGUCUGUUUUCUAUGUUUUUUUUUAAGGUUUUGUUUCUAAAAUCUAUGUUGAAGCAAAAAAGAUGAGAAAUUUCGGGGAUCAAAUACUAUUGUAAUUAGUUAGGGUUUGUUUUCGAGUUAAUCUAAAUUUAAAGUACAAUUGAAAACUGAAAGUAACGUUAUAUUUUCGUCAUUUAUUUAAGGAUAAGUGUGUGUUGGCAUUAACCAUAUAUAAUUUCUUUAAAAUCUCACUAUCUGCCACGUGGCUAUUCAAGUCAACGAUCUCUCCUAUUCCUAAUGGCAGAAAGUAAACGAGAUCACUGAAUUGAGAUUGUUUUCAGUUUUGCACACAAAACACAAAAAAACCAUUGACUUGGUUUGUUUUAAUUUAAUGUCGAUCAAGCCAAAUAUAAAAUCGAAAUCUAUUAGUUAGACUUUUCAAUUUUCGUAAUGUACUUGGUCUCUUAGUAAUCCAGAUUCAUCAAUUAUAUACGAUGACACUCUCUUGUCAUUUAAUUAAAUAAAAAAAAAAACUAAUCUCACAUAGUAUUUUCCUUAUAAAUAAGGGUUCAUCAAUGUUGCUCUAAAAUCACACUUAAAAGUCACCUUUCAACCCAAAAUAUCCACUUUAGUCACGUUUCCAGCUAUCUAUCAUUUCUCCUGAGAAACCUAGCUAUGUCGUCGAGAGCUCACCCUGUGGACGGAGAUCUAAGUCCGGCUACGGACGGUGGAAAUCUUCCGAUCAAAUCUUCUCCCACCCGGCAUAAGGUUGGGAUCCCACCGAAGCCAAACAUGUUCAAGGAUUUCAUGUACACAUUCAAAGAAACUUUCUUCCACGACGAUCCUCUUAGGGAUUUUAAGGAUCAGCCUAGGUCUAAGCAGUUCAUGCUCGGUCUCCAGUCCGUCUUCCCGGUCUUUGAUUGGGGACGUAGCUACAAUCUCAAGAAGUUUCGUGGCGAUCUCAUCGCUGGUUUAACCAUCGCAAGUCUCUGCAUUCCUCAGGAUAUUGGAUACGCUAAGUUGGCUAAUCUUGAUCCUAAAUACGGUUUAUAUUCGAGUUUCGUUCCUCCAUUGGUGUAUGCUUGCAUGGGGAGUUCGAGGGAUAUAGCAAUUGGACCCGUUGCUGUGGUUUCUCUAUUGAUAGGCACUUUGCUACGAGCUGAGAUUGAUCCAAACACAAGUCCUGAUGAAUAUCUCCGCCUUGCCUUCACUGCCACGUUUUUCGCCGGUAUCACCGAAGCAGCCCUUGGAUUCUUCAGGUUAGGGUUCUUGAUCGAUUUCCUAUCACACGCGGCUGUGGUGGGCUUCAUGGGUGGCGCGGCCAUCACCAUCGCUCUCCAGCAGCUUAAAGGCUUCCUCGGGAUCAAGAAAUUCACCAAGAAAACCGAUAUCAUUGCUGUUCUUGACUCCGUUUUCAGCUCGGCUCAUCACGGCUGGAAUUGGCAGACUAUACUCAUUGGUGCAUCGUUCUUGACCUUCCUGCUCACCUCUAAAUUCAUUGGGAAGAAGAGCAAGAAACUGUUUUGGGUGCCAGCGAUUGCGCCAUUGAUAUCAGUUAUCAUUUCUACCUUCUUUGUCUACAUAACCCGAGCAGACAAACAAGGAGUCCAAAUCGUGAAACACCUUGACAAAGGAAUCAACCCUUCCUCUUUCCAUCUCAUCUACUUCUCCGGUGAUAACCUUGCUAAGGGCAUCCGCAUCGGUGUAGUCUGUGGCAUGGUCGCUUUAACAGAAGCUGUAGCGAUUGGAAGAACCUUUGCUGCGAUGAAAGACUACCAAAUCGACGGUAACAAAGAGAUGGUAGCAUUAGGCAUGAUGAACGUUGUAGGAUCGAUGUCUUCUUGCUACGUUGCUACUGGAUCGUUCUCAAGAUCAGCUGUCAAUUUCAUGGCUGGAUGUCAAACAGCGGUUUCGAACAUCAUAAUGUCAAUCGUCGUUCUCUUGACAUUGCUCUUCCUCACUCCUCUCUUUAAGUACACUCCAAACGCCAUCCUCGCAGCUAUCAUCAUCAACGCCGUGAUUCCUUUGAUCGAUAUCCCAGCUGCUAUUUUGAUCUUCAAGGUCGAUAAGCUCGAUUUCAUCGCUUGUAUGGGAGCUUUCUUUGGCGUCAUCUUUGUUUCCGUUGAGAUCGGACUUCUCAUUGCGGUCUCUAUCUCGUUUGCUAAGAUCCUUUUGCAAGUAACAAGACCUAGAACUGCAGUUCUCGGAAAUAUUCCAAGAACUUCGGUUUACAGAAAUAUUCAACAGUACCCUGAAGCCACUAUGGUUCCAGGGGUUCUUACUAUUCGUGUUGACUCAGCCAUCUACUUCUCCAACUCAAAUUACGUUAGAGAAAGGAUCCAGAGAUGGCUACAUGAGGAAGAAGAAAAGGUAAAGGCAACAAGCCUACCCAGGAUUCAGUUUCUCAUCAUCGAAAUGUCACGUAAGUUAAACUUUACUCCUAUAUUAACUAACCCCUUUUUAAUUAGUAUCAAUAUAUUUAUUUUCUUAUAUAUAAACAAAGAUGAACGGGUACACCAUUAUUUUUUCAGCUGUUACGGACAUCGAUACAAGUGGUAUCCAUGCCUUAGAAGACUUGUACAAGUCUCUCCAAAAAAGAGACAUUCAGUUGAUUCUGGCGAAUCCUGGACCGUUGGUGAUAGGCAAGCUACACUUGUCACACUUUGCCGACAUGUUAGGAGAAGACAAUAUCUAUCUGACGGUAGCUGACGCCGUUGAUGCUUGCUGUCCAAAACUCUCCGAGGAGGUAUAAAAUUUACAAGAAAGAAGAAGACGAAAAUGAAGAUAAUGACGAAGAAGAAGAGGGAGACGCUCUCUCUAAGUGUUGUACAGUAGAGUAAAGAAAGUGACUCUUGCUUUCAAUUGUAAUUUUGGUCUUUGGACCCUUUUGUUUAUGAUUCUUCUAUCGUAUUAGAAGAUAAGGGGUCAAGUGUAAAGUUGACCUCUGGGUCCCCAUAGCGUCUUGUUGUUCAACUACUGUACUUUUUCUUAAUAAAGUUUUGUAAAUUGAAAAUUUUC